UUGGACUUGUUGACACUGAACCGACUAAUUUCCCGAGAUCUAACUCCUUCGUCAGGUUAACUGAGAAUGGCUGGGAAAGUGAAAAAGUUUUAUGAGCUGACAGCUAAGCUGCUGUCUGGGGAAUCCUUCAGUUUCGCUACACUCAAUGGGAAAGUUGUUCUCAUUGAGAAUGUGGCGUCUCUUUGAGGAACAACAAUCAGGGACUACACUCAGAUGAACGAGCUUUACGAUCGUUAUUCCGCCAAGGGACUCGUUAUUCUGGGUGUUCCUUGCAAUCAGUUCGGACAUCAGGAGAACGGCAACAAUGAUGAAAUCCCAAGAUGUCUGAAGUAUGUCCGUCCAGGGAAUGGCUUUGAACCAAAGUUUCAGAUCCUUGAGAAGGUGGACGUGAAUGGAAAGAAUGCACACCCCUUAUUUGUCUAUCUGAAGGAAAAGCUGCCUUUCCCCAGUGAUGAGGCAAUCGCUCUCAUGACUGAUCCAAAGUUCAUCAUUUGGAGUCCGGUGUGUAGGAACGAUGUCUCCUGGAACUUUGAGAAAUUCCUGGUCAGCCCUGAUGGAGAGCCUUACAAACGCUACAGCAGAAAUUUCCUCACCAUUGAUAUUGAGGCAGACAUUCAAGAGCUACUCAAGAGGGUCAAGUAAAGUGUGCUACGACAUGUUUUGGGUGGCUGUAAAGAAUAUCAGUCAUAACCAGCCUCACCAAAAAAGAUUAAUCAGUAGUCACUUGUAUGUUUUGGGUGUCUUAUCACAUUUUCCACUUUCACAGUUAAAGUCUGCAGCAGCACAACUGUGUGAUAUUUCUUAUGCCGUACACUAUGGUUGUUCAACCUGUUUACUUAAUGAAGACACUCCUUGAAGACUUUUUGUGAGGGGAGUUUCUGAUGAAAAUGUAAAAGACUGACUCAGCUACUGUGUAUAACUCAUCACAAAUAUUUUUAGUGGAAAGAAUAAAAAUAAACAUUUAAUGUCAUAGA